GCAGCCUAUGGGCCUGGCCCCCCUACAGCCUGCGCGCCCCCGUACGUGUUCCCGACCUACCCUCCCCCCGGCUGGACAGAAGAGCCUGUUGUAGAGGAACCGAUGCCCAACCCACCGCCCGAUCAGCCCGAGUGGAUCAAAGCACUGAUUUCGGCUCCGGCUGCUGAGUCGACUCCACCUGAGACAAAAAACCCCACCGAGGAGCCCACUGUCAUUAUAACACCUGCUGCUGACCCUGCUGAUGCCACCAAACCUAAAGUGAAACCUAAACCUGAGCCUAACAAGAUUGCCAAGGCCCUCGGCCUGCUGGGAAAACGCAUGUUUGAUAAGCCUCCUCCCGGUCGCUCGACAGGCAUCAUCUCAUUCAUCGGGCCGACAUUUGGCUACAUUGAGAGAGAAGAUCUCGAGAAGUUCACCUUCAGCUUCGACGCCUUCUUUGGAAACCCCAAAGCCAUGACUCCCGGGGUCAGAGUUCACUUCACCGCCUGCAAGGAGAAGCAGAACAGUCUGAUAGCGACAGAUGUGAAGGUGGCUCCAGGUGGGACAGAAAACGUGGACACAGACAUCUAUGAAGCUGUGGUCAGUCAGCCCAUCGUGGAACCUCAGCCCGGUGAGCGUCAGUACCCCGGUCAGGUGCAUGUGACCAUUGGACCACUGAGGACCAACCUGACGUACGAGAGGAAGGACAGCACGGUGACACUGCUGAAGAACGACCAGGUGCUUAUCAACCUGCUGACCGACAUCGUCACUGAAAAGAGGAGAGCCACUAACAUCAAGCCCAAAAUCCCUGCAACCUUCAGCCACACCAAGGAGGCGCGAGAGAAGGGUGUCAUCAUCAGCCUGAAUGACAGUGAAGGCGUCAUCAGCUCUGACAAACACGGCGAGCUUCCCUUCGACACCAGAGAGAACUUCAGUGACGUUGAGUUCACUGCCGAGGACGUGAAUGAGGAGGUGGAGUUCACCGUCAUCACGCUAAAAACGGGGAACUGCGCGAUUAGGAUCCAACGGGUCAAAGAGCCCCUCCUCCUGACGCUCUGCACUGCCACGGCCACAGCCGCCACCGAGGAGCUCGAGACAGAAAACACCGAUGGCGACAGCAGCAGCAACGCCUCCAAGCUGUUCAAAGAAAAGACCAACGCCAAGCUGGAGCUGGGGCCCAACAUGAAGCUGGACCCAGAGUUGUACGAGGGCAUCGUGAGCCAGCCAAUCAUUGAACCCACACCCACCUUGCCAGGUUACCCAGGUCAGAUCCAUGCCAACAUCGGCCCCAUCAGGACCAACGUGACCUUUGACCACCGAGACUGUGGCGUGACGCUGCUGAAGAACGAUCACGUGUUGAUCAACCUGCUGGUGGACAUGGUGACCAGGAAGAGGAGAGCAGCCAACAUCAAACCCAAAAUCCCUUUCACAUUCAGCUACACCAAGGAGAAGAGAGAGCUGGGCAUCAUCACGUACCUGGGAGCUGAAGAAGGCAUCAUCAACACAGAUGAGCAUGGCGAGCUUACCUUCGACAAAUGUGAGAACUUCAGUGACACAGAGUUCAACAGCAGCGACAUCCACAAAGAGGCGGAGUUCACCAUGGCCCUGGUGAAGUCAAAGAAGAGAGCGAUUAGGCUUCGGCGGACAAAGAGGAUUGAGGACAAAAUCCUGGAGGAGCAGAAAAAACGGGAGGAGGAGGAGAAAAGGAAGAAAAAGGAGGAGGAGGAGGAGAAGAGGAAACGGGAGGAGGAGGAGAGGAAAAGGAGAGAGGAGAAGGAGGCGGAGAGGAAGAAGAAGGAGGAGGUGGCAGCCGCACUGGCCGUGGCCAAAAACAAGUGGACCCCACUCGGCUUCAUAAUAAGAGAUCCUGACUCGCUGGAUGACAUCAGCAAGGAGCGAUUUGAAGGCACUGUCCUUAAAGCCAUUUCCAAAAAUCCACAAAAAGAGAUCAAGAAGGAGGAGAAUGAAGGACGGGGUGCUGAGGACAAACGAAUGCUUGUUGGACAGAUCAAAAUUAAAGUAGAGAAAAUGGAUGAAGAUGAGAUGAAAGGGGUGGAAGAAAAACCUGAAAGAGAGGGAGGAGGGGAAGGAAAGAUGGCGAUAAAAAAGGAGGAUGAAAAGGAAGUGAAGAUAGCAGCUAGAGGUGGAGACAAACCAGACCCAGCAAUAGGUCGACUUGUGAUGACCAUCGACGGUCAACAGAAACAACUUCCCUUUGGUCCCAACGACCUGCUGACCACUGCCACCAUGCUGGAUGGAGACAAGGUGCGUUUUAACAUUGCCACCCACCGAGAGACCAAAGAGGAGCGAGCCACAUAUGUGGAAAUUCUGCCCGACUCCUUUGAGGAGUCUACUGAACAACGUCGCCACGGCAUUGUGAUUGAGUUUUCCGAGGCCUCGGGGCUCAUCAAGUGCAGCCAGAACCCUCAGCUCUACUUCCACAUGUCAGAGGUGAUAGAGAAGAAGAAACUGGAGCUGAACGAGAAAGUUGAGUUCAGCGUUGUCCCGCAUGAAACUGCAGAGGGGGGACACCAGGCGAUCAGGAUUAAACGUUACACCGAGAGUGUUUUCCUCCCUGCUCGGAAACUUGGCGGCGUAGGGGCAAAUAAAGGAAAGAUGACCAUCAAGCUGACAAGGGCCUCAGAAGACACCGAGAAGGAAAAACCAGAGUCAGAUAAGCUGAAAGCAGUGGUGAAAAAUCUUAGAGCGCAGGACAGCAAAACCAGUAUUGGCAAAAGGGAUUACAGUGCGACUCGACGUAAAUAUGGCCACAGUAGGAGCAGGAGCAGGAGUCGGAGUAGGAGUAAAAGUAGGAGCAGGAGUUCAUCAAGAGACCAGUUUGGACGCAUCAUCAAAAGGAGACGAAGCACCAGCUUUGACCGAGAGCACAAAAGCAGCAAGCACAGGCGAAGUCGAAGCCGUGAGAGGUCACACAGGUGCACCAGAAGCCGAAGCAGUAGUUGCAGUCGAAGCCGAAGCAAGAGCCGCAGCAGGAGCAGGGAAAGGAGCAAGGACAGGGCCAGCAAGAGGAGGAGCAAAAUCAGCAGAGACCGUGAAGAAAGUCAUAGGAGGAGGAGGGACUUGAGCCCUCCUCCCAGACGUGGAGGAGUCAUGGAUGACGAGCUGGCACGGAAGAAGCGGGAGCUGGAGGAGCUGAAUGAGAUGAUUGCCUACAAAAAGUCACUGGUAGACAGAGACCCCAGAGGACUGGACCCUGCACAGAGGACCUGCAUAGAUUAUGACCAUGGCAGAAUUGCUGUCCCACUUGCUGAGUACAAACCAGUUCGGUCCAUCCUGAAGAAACGACCUGAAGGGCCUGAGUACCACCAUCGUCCUCAGCCUUAUGAUGAUCCUUAUUAUAACCGGUCAUACAGUUCUUACCAUGAUCAGCGGUACGGUGACCGCUAUGCUGAUCCAUAUGCCAGCCGCCCCUAUGCUGACCGCCCUUACGGUGACCGACCCUAUGGUGAGCCUUAUGAAAGUCGGCUCUAUGGUGAACCUCCUUAUGGUGGCCCUUCAUCGGCCAUUCGUCGUUACACAGAUCGCUAUGAUGUUUAUGAUGAACCCUAUGAUGAUCGUUACUAUGACCCACUUUAUGAUGAUCCAUAUCACCCUGUAAAACAGAACCAGUCUCCUGAACACCAUGGUCCCUCACCUUCUUUGGAGUCAGCCGAAGUUCCUUCUGCCUCUACCCAGCCCCCCUUGUCACAUACGACUGGUACUUCAUCUUCCAAACCCCCUUUCAGGCCUCCUUCUCCAACAGAACCGCCUCCUAGAAGCCCUUCUCCCAAGCUGAAGAACACAGCACCACGUCAGUCACCUUCAGCUGAGAAACCACCCCUGGACCGUUUCCUUGACAUGCUUAAUAAAAAGGUAGAUGCUGAAAAGAAAUCAGAACCAAUUCAUGUUACUGAAGAUCUUCUGCCUCAUGAGCGGGCACUUCAGGAUGGCAGGGGCUUUUCUCGGAUUGUGGGAUUGGCUCAAGAGCUCCCUAGUAGCAGUCGAGCUCUAGAAGAGAAAGCAAAACAACUAAGCCCAAAACGGUCCUCAUUAGAGAGAACAAGUGAAGAACCAAAGAAUAAGACAGAACCUUAUGACAAGAUUCAAAGUCUACUCCGUACGAUUGGACUGAAGCUAAGUACAGGAGAUGUGUCCAAACUGGCAAAUCGAGCCCAGGAGAAAAUGAAAAGCACAAAGGCCUCAUCCACAGAAAGAGACAUUUUGUCAUCUCCAAGAGAAGAGCUGCGAUUGAGCAGAACCGAAUCUGUUGAUUCAGAUCACAUCCAUUCCCCCUCCCCUGUCAGGUCAUCCAGUUUGGAGCCACUCAGCAGACAUAAAGCUGCCUCAGAGUAUGAAGGGUUCCUGGACCAGGAGGAGCUGGAGGUGCUAAAGAAGGCACAGCAGUUGCAGAAUCUUACCAAGACGAUAGGAAGUACUCCCUCCACCUCUCUUUCACCUAAACCACCUCCUGGGCCUCCACCUGCUCACUACCAACAUCCAUCUCCACCAGCCAACUGGCCACUUGGAGUCAACUCACAGGACCCCACAACCCCCAGCGUGUGCACUUCAGCAGCGGGUCAACCAACACAGAGAUUUGGAUCUCUAGGACCUCCACCUGGUCCUCCUCCUGGACCUCCUCCACGGCGUCCUGUGCAGCCUCCUCCAGGACCUCCUCCUGGACCUCCACCCCGGCGCCCUCUUGGACAACCUCCUUUUGCUCCACCCUCCAGUCAUUCAGUCGUUCCUUUUAUUGACCAGCCAGCUUCAGGCCCUUUAGUCACUGCUGGAGUAACACCACCACCAGCAACAUCAAGUCCUGCAAGUAAUGACCAGUCGGCAAUUUCUACAACUGUGGCUAGGUGCCUCAAGGUCAUAGAGACAGUGAAAUCUCUGAAUGUGCAGCCACCAAGUAAACUAGUCAAAUCAGUCCAGUUCAGUUUACCCACAGAGUCUCCAUUAACCUCCAGUCCUCAGUCCUCAGAAGAGAUGGGUGAUGACAUAAGGAUCAAGCACAAAGAGAAGCUGGAUUUGUAUAACCAGAGGAUUAUGGAAACGAGGGAGCAGCCAUUCCAGGAGAUGCUAGCCCGAAAGAAACGAGGAGAGAAGAACAAGGAUAGCACACUGAUCUCCCCAGGAAAGCCAAUCAGCACCAAGCCCAAGAAUGUUUGGAUUUGUGGACAUUCGCUGGUGUAUUGGGCUGAGUCGCGGGCCAAGUCUCCAGAGCUGCUGCCCCAGCUUCGCCAGCUGAGGGUCACCUGGCCCGACCCGGACGUCCUCAUCAUGCACCUGGGUGGCAACGACCUGAGCACUAAUAGCCCCACUGACCUGCUGGCCUCUGUCAAGAAGGACCUGACCUCUAUGAGGAGCAUCUUCCCACAGUGCGUCCUUGUGUGGUCCAACAUCCUCCCACGGAGGGUGUGGUGCCACUCAGCCGACAGCCACGAAGUCGAUCUGGUCCGAACCACGGUGAAUCGCAGGAUCCAGAACAUCAUCUCAGAGCUGGGGGGCUCCUCACUGAUCCACGACAACAUCCGGUGUGGUGCCAACACGGGCCUGUAUCGGGCCGAUGGCAUCCAUCUGUCCUCCAAAGGCAUCGAUGUUUUUAAUCUAAACCUUCAAGACUUUUUGGAGAAGUGGGAGAUGGAGGUGAACCAAGCCUCCGAGAUAAGCUAAGAGGUGUAUCAGUUACUUUAUGAUGUCUUUUAUUUUUAAAAAUAGCUAGGUUGUCACAGGGACUAUGUCCAGUCAUAAAUCUUUAACCUGUCCAGUGGCAUGUUUGUAGUUUUAGCUUACCACAUUGGAGCUUCAGGCUCAGUUGGUGCGAAAUGUUUGAUUUGAAGCAAUAAAUUCAGUCUGAACUGGG